AUGGCCGAAGAAGAUAUCCUCAAGACCGACCUGCUCAUCGUCGGAGCUGGUCCUGCAGGCGCCUCGCUUGCCUGCUUCCUAGCUUCACAUGGCAGGACUGGCAUCAUAAUUGCCAGGGACCCGUGGUCUGCAGAGACCCCAAGAGCUCACAUUACCAACAUGGCUGGACUGGAAUGCCUGAGAGACAUUGGCCUCGAGGGGAAAUGUCUUGCUCUUGCGACAGAGGGGAAAAAUAUGGCACACACCAGGUGGUGCCACACCAUGGCUGGUGAAGAAUAUGCCCGUAUCUACUCUUGGGGAAAUGACCCCAAGAGGAAAGGAGAAUACGACGCAGCGAGUCCGUGCAACCACGUGGAUCUCCCUCAGACGGAGCUCGAGCCCAUCCUCACCCGCCACGCCGCCCACAACGGCUGGAAGCUCGUCUUCAACACCGAGUUCGUCCACUGUGAGCGUCCCAGCCCCGACGUCAUCAUCAGCGAGGUCCACGAUCGCGUCUCCAACCGCAGCUACAAGAUCCAAUCCCGCUUUCUCUUCGGUUGUGAUGGCGCCCGCAGCCAGGUCGUCCGCGACCUCGACAUCCCGCUCAUCAAGAAGCCCGGCCAAGGGCUCGCGCUCAACAUCUUGGCCCGCGCGGACAUGUCGCACUUGAUGCAGUACCGCACCGGUAACCUUCACUGGGCGUUCCUGCCGGAGAAGGAACAUCCUAUCUGGGGAUGGGCUGCAGUCGUGCGCAUGGUGAGGCCGUGGUAUGAGUGGAUGUUCAUCUUCUUACCGCAGCCUGGCGCGGAUGUCACGUUGGACUCGAUGAAUGCGAGCCAUGAUGAGUAUAUGGCCAGGGUCAAGGAGCUUAUUGGAGAUGACUCGAUUGACGUGGAGAUUUUGGAUAUUAGCAAGUGGUGGAUUAACGAGAUUGUCGCUGAGCGAUACACCGAUGGCAACGUAUUCUGUCUUGGCGAUGCCGUGCACAGGCAUCCCCCUUUCAACGGCCUCGGUUCCAACACCUGCAUCCAAGACGCCUUCAACCUCGCCUGGAAGAUCUCCUACGUAAUGUCCGGAAAAGCCGGUCCCUCCCUCCUCUCCUCAUUCUCCCUCGAGCGCCAGCCCGUCGGCGUCGACGUCAUCACCCGCGCCAACCAGGGCCUCCGCGACCACACGCCCUGGAUGGAAACCAUCGGCAUGCUCGAGCCGUCGGUUGAAAAGCGCUGCGAGAUCCUCGCCGAGUUCGAAGAUCCCGGUGAGAAGGGCCGGCGUCGCCGCGAGGAGUUCCAACGGAAUAUCGAGAUUACCUCGAGCGAGUUCCACGGGCUUGGCGUCGAGAUGAAUCAGCGAUAUCAAUCCGCGGCCGUCUAUGUGGACGACGAAAAAGUGCCUCCGCCUCCUGUGCCGGCUGAUCCCGUCAAGGAGUACCAGAUCGGGACGUAUCCCGGCAAGCGGCUUCCUCACGCUUGGCUUAAUUCGCGCGAGCCUGGGAAACAAUUCUCGACGAUUGACCUCGCGGGACACGGACGUUUCUGCCUCAUCACGGGACCUUCUGGUGCCGAGGCAUGGAAGAAGGCUGCUGCCGUGGUGUCAGAGACCGUCGGGGUUGAGAUCAAGGCUUAUUCGAUCGGCUGGAAGCAGGAUUGCGAGGAUGUGUAUUUCGAUUGGGCGAGGAGAAGAGAGGUGGAGGAGGAUGGGUGCGUGCUUGUGAGGCCAGAUAGGUUUGUCGCUUGGAGAGCUAUGAAGAUGAUAGAAGAUCGGGAGGGGAGGCUGGAGAAGGUAAUGCGCAGCGUUUUGGCGCUGGAUGAGCUUGGGGUUCCGAGGAAUAGCAUCACGGUGCCCGAACCGAUCCAAAACGGCCAGAAUAGACACGGUCUUGUCUGA